AAAAAAAAUAAAAAUGGUUUGGGGAGGUAAUGACGGCGCUGUUGAUCGAUGGGUCAAACAACUUGAAGAAGAUGAUCCCAAAUUAGUUUCACUUCAUAUCUUGAGCAUUCGACGUGUCACCACUGCAGAAUUAGGUCGUAUCUUUCAAGCGAUCGGUACCAACACACACCUUCGCGAUCUGUACGUUUCUGGACAUGUCUUGGACGCAACCAGUGUAGACCACCUUUCUGAAUCACUGACAUUGAACGAUACCCUCAAGACAUUAAACUUGGGUAGCGCUUCUUUUGGUCACGACGAACAUGUCUUUGGUUUGUUCUGUGAAGGUUUGGCUGCCAAUGAAGGCCUUAUCAAGUUGGAUUUGGAAAACAAGGGUUUAUUCACCAAAAAGAAUUAUCACGUACUUCAUAGUCUUGCUCAGUGUCUUGCCAAGAACAAAACUUUGCAAGAAAUAAACUUGGCUAGAAACGAUCUGGACGAUGCGGCCAUGGAGAUCUUGGCUCCUGCCAUGUCAGGUUUAUUAAAGAUCAACUUAUCCAUGAACAAAAUCGGCCCUGUUGGUGCUCAGGCCAUUGCUGAACAUUUAAUCAGUAACCGUUACAGUAAAGUGCAAGAAUUGGAAUUAUCUGAUAAUUCACUUUUGGCCGGUGCCAGUCUUAUUGCAGCCGCGUUGGAAAACAACAAACAUUUACGUAUUUUAAAGAUGGUCGAUGUUGUCUCUGCCGAAACCGAAUUAUCACUUUUACCACCACCUGCGUUAGAACAAGGCGAUAAUAAGUUGGAGGAAGAGAAUGAGGCGAAAAAGACGGAUGAGACACGUACUUUACAUGGUAAUGCUUUAGCUCAAGCUUUGGGUAAAGCCUUCCAAUCCAACACAGCUCUCACUCACGUUUGGUUGGAUAAUAACGGUAUCGAAUCAAGUGCCUUGACAGGAUUCACACAACAUUUGGCUGCCACAUCUAUCGUCGAAUUAAAAUUGCGUCAAAACCGUAUUGAUGAUGAUGGUGCUGUCUUGUUAUCCAAGAUCAAUACAUUACGCCACUUGGAAUUGGGUGAGAACGGCAUUGGAGCAAAGGGUUUCGGUGCACUGUUGGAUACACAGUUACACUACCUUGGACUGUUCAGUAAUUUGAUUGGUGGAUUUGGUGCUGACCCAAGUUUACUGCCCGAAUUAAGCGGCAGUGAUAUCAAACGUUUGGACAUUGGUUGUAAUCAUAUUAUGCAUCAGGAUUUGGAGGCUAUGGUGGAGGUCUUGUUAAAGAACGGUGUACCUCAUUUGGCUUUGUUAGAGAUGGGUGGUAAUGUCGAAGAUAAAGAGCUCGAACAAUGGCAAGUGACAAUGGAUCGUUUGUUAGCUGAAAGAACUUUGGAUAUUGUCUGGAAGAGAAAGCCAACAGAAAUGGAUAGUAAUAUGCCUCCCCCUAUGUAAAUAAACACACACACACACACACACACACACAUACACAC